AUAUGCUUUGUUUUUAAUUUCUUCAUCUGUCAGUCUCUCCCUUCAUUUUAAGCAACAUAUAAUUCAAGAAAUUUGGGUAUUGUUUCACAUUUUUGUAACUUGUACGUACACUAAUUAAUUAAAUCUAAGUGAUGUUAAGAGCAAUGAGUACACGAAGGGACUAUAGAGGAUAUGGAGUAUUGAUUAAGGAAGAUCAGGAGGAGAUUUGUGCUCCAAUAUUGGGAAAGCCUAAAUUGAGCAGAAACAGAACAGUUCCUGCUGCUACUAAAUUCUUUAGCUCUUCAUCAAAGAAGGUCACAUCUGAGGACAAUUUCCGGGAGAGUGCUCAGGUAAAGGGAGCGAAAAAAGCGAGCAAAAUUCACCCGAUUUUCAGUCUAUUUGAAACGAAGAAGAAGAAGAAGGCAACUGCUAGGCCUGAAUUCUCGAGGUACAUUCAGUAUCUUAGAGAGGGAGGUUUUGGUGAUGUAUUGCAGAUUUAGUACUUCCUGCAAAUCCAACAAUAUUGCUGCAGUAAUGUGAGAUUAAACUUGCCGGGUUUUUUUAAUUUUGGAGGUGAUCAUGACCAUGUUGUUCUUGUCAAAAUUUGUAUAUGGAAUGUAACAGAUCAUGAUUUUGGAAUGUUGGCUUGUUUGCUAUUUUUCUUUAAAA